AUGAGUCUAGGUAGUGAGGGUCUAGAAUACAUCAGUCUAGCUAGUGUGGGUCUAGAAUACAUCAGUCUAGGUAGUGUGGAUCUAGAAUACAUGAGUCUAGGUAGUGAGGGUCUAGAAUACAUCAGUCUAGCUAGUGUGGGUCUAGAAUACAUCAGUCUAGCUAGUGUUGGUCUAGAAUACAUCAGUCUAGCUAGUGUGGGUCUAGAAUACAUCAGUCUAGCUAGUGUUGGUCUAGAAUACAUCAGUCUAGCUAGUGUGGGUCUAGAAUACAUCAGUCUAGCUAGUGUGGGUCUAGAAUACAUCAGUCUAGGUAGUGUGGAUCUAGAAUACAUGAGUUUAGGUAGUGAGGGUCUAGAAUACAUCAGUCUAGCUAGUGUGGGUCUAGAAUACAUCAGUCUAGCUAGUGUGGGCUAG